AUGAGACAGUUUCAAUCGUUCAGCACUACGAUACAAUCAACGUUAGACAGCACAACCAAUGCUUCAGACCAUCCUUCGACUUCCUCUCACAGACGGUCCGCUAAGAUAACUAGUAACUACGAGGAACCUGAGAACUUCCUAGAAGUAGACAUCCAGGAUCCCAAGACAAAGUUUCCCCACGGAGAUUCGAAUAGAGGUAUGUAUGUCGAUUACCUGAUUGUAUGCCGCACGAAUCUGCCCAGUUUCCCUAAACGUUUCUCGCAGGUAAGACGACGCUACAGCGAUUUUGAGUUUUUCAAGAAGUGUUUGUUUAAGGAACUCUCUCUAUCGAACCAUCCCCGUGUUGUGAUACCUUCAUUACCUGGUAAAAUUCUAUUGUCGAGUAGGUUUAACGAUGAUGUUGUGGAGCAACGCAGAGACGGUCUGAAUAAGUGGCUAAAUAGCGUGGCGGGGCAUCCGCUGUUGCAGAGUGGUUCGAAGGUCUUAGUAAGGUUUAUGCAAGAUGAGACUUUUAAUGGCUAG